CCUCUUGUUCCAGGGCCAAACCUAGACCAGUAGUGGAUUUUACUCUACGGUUCAAUCUGUUGUUCACAUCAGACAUGGAUUGCAGUGCUCCCAAGGAAAUGAAUAAACAGCCACCCAACAUCUUGGAGGCAGCGGUGCCGGGCCACCGGGAUAGCCCUCGUGCACCUAGGACCAGCCCAGAACAGGAUCAUCCUGCUGAGGCCCCCGCGGCCGCUGUCCAGCCGCUACGUGUGCCCAGGUCGGCUUCCACCGGCGCCCAAACUUUCCAGUCUGCGGAUGCGAGAGCCUGCGAGGCCCAGCAGCCUGGAGUAGGGUUUUGUAAACUCAGCAGCCCCCGGGCACAAGCGACCUCCGCGGCCCUCCGGGACUUAAGCGAAGGGCACAGCGCACAGGCCAAUCCCCCUUCCGGGGCCGCUGGGGCUGGCAACGCUCUGCACUGCAAGAUUCCAGCUCUGCGUGGCCCGGAGGAGGACGCGAACGUGAGUGUGGGCAAGGGCACACUGGAGCACAACAAUACCCCAGCCGUGGGCUGGGUGAAUAUGAGCCAGAGCACAGUAGUGUUGGGUACCGAUGGCAUCGCGUCGGUGCUCCCGGGCAGCGUGGCCACCACUACCAUACCGGAGGACGAGCAAGGGGAUGAGAAUAAGGCCCGAGGGAACUGGUCCAGCAAACUGGACUUCAUCCUGUCCAUGGUGGGGUACGCAGUGGGGCUGGGCAAUGUUUGGAGGUUUCCCUACCUGGCCUUCCAGAACGGGGGAGGCGCUUUCCUCAUCCCUUACCUGAUGAUGCUAGCACUGGCUGGCUUACCUAUCUUCUUCCUAGAGGUGUCCCUGGGCCAGUUUGCCAGCCAGGGCCCUGUGUCUGUGUGGAAGGCCAUCCCAGCUCUGCAGGGCUGUGGCAUCGCGAUGCUCAUCAUCUCUGUCCUCAUAGCCAUAUACUACAACGUCAUCAUCUGCUACACGCUCUUCUACCUGUUUGCCUCCUUUGUGUCUGUGCUGCCCUGGGGUUCCUGCAACAACCCGUGGAACACACCAGAAUGCAAAGAUAAAACCAAACUUUUACUAGAUUCCUGUGUUAUCGGUGACCAUCCCAAGAUACAGAUCAAGAACUCUACUUUCUGCAUGACGGCCUACCCCAACUUGACAAUGGUUAACUUCACCAGCCAGGCCAAUAAGACAUUUGUCAGCGGGAGUGAGGAGUACUUCAAGUAUUUUGUGCUGAAGAUUUCUGCGGGGAUUGAAUACCCGGGUGAGAUCCGGUGGCCCUUGGCCUUCUGCCUUUUCCUGGCUUGGGUGAUUGUGUAUGCAUCGCUGGCUAAAGGAAUUAAGUCAUCAGGAAAGGUGGUGUACUUCACAGCCACGUUCCCUUAUGUUGUCCUGGUCAUCCUCCUCAUUCGAGGAGUCACCCUGCCUGGAGCUGGAGCCGGCAUCUGGUACUUCAUCACACCUAAGUGGGAAAAACUCACGGAUGCCACGGUGUGGAAGGACGCGGCCACUCAGAUUUUCUUCUCUCUGUCUGCGGCCUGGGGAGGGCUCAUCACUCUUUCCUCUUACAACAAAUUCCACAACAACUGCUACAGGGACACGUUAAUUGUAACCUGCACCAACAGCGCCACUAGCAUCUUUGCCGGGUUCGUCAUCUUCUCUGUCAUCGGCUUCAUGGCCAACGAGCGCAAAGUCAAUAUUGAGAAUGUGGCUGACCAAGGGCCAGGCAUUGCAUUUGUGGUUUACCCAGAGGCCUUAACCAGGCUGCCUCUCUCUCCAUUCUGGGCCAUCAUCUUUUUCCUGAUGCUUCUCACGCUUGGACUUGACACCAUGUUUGCUACCAUUGAGACCAUCGUGACCUCCAUCUCGGAUGAGUUUCCCAAGUAUCUGCGCACACACAAGCCUGUGUUCACCCUGGGCUGCUGCAUCUGCUUCUUCAUUAUGGGCUUCCCUAUGAUCACACAGGGUGGAAUCUACAUGUUUCAGCUCGUGGACACCUAUGCUGCCUCCUACGCCCUUGUCAUCAUCGCCAUAUUUGAGCUUGUUGGCAUCUCCUAUGUGUAUGGCUUGCAGAGGUUCUGUGAAGACAUCGAGAUGAUGAUUGGAUUCCAGCCCAACAUUUUCUGGAAAGUCUGCUGGGCAUUCGUCACACCGACCAUUUUAACUUUCAUCCUUUGCUUCAGCUUCUACCAGUGGGAGCCCAUGACCUACGGCUCUUACCGAUACCCUAACUGGUCCAUGGUGCUUGGAUGGCUGAUGCUUGCCUGCUCCGUUAUCUGGAUCCCGAUUAUGUUCGUGAUAAAAAUGUAUCUGGCUCCCGGGAGAUUUAUUGAGAGGCUGAAGUUGGUGUGCUCGCCACAGCCCGACUGGGGCCCAUUCUUAGCUCAGCACCGUGGGGAACGCUACAAGAAUAUGAUCGACCCCUUGGGAACUUCGUCCCUGGGACUCAAGCUGCCUGUGAAGGAUUUGGAACUGGGCACUCAGUGCUAGUCCAGUCGUGUGGAUGGUCCGGUAUUACUCCCGGGCUUCCUCUCUGCCUCCCCUUCACACUUUCCCCCGAUUUAUUCCCAAUUUUCUUCUUUCUCCCCACACUUCGGUUCACAGCUGUGCAUGAGAGUGUUCCAUAGAAAAGUAGGACAUAGUGUAGC